UUUGAAUCACUCAGCUCAGGUCAAUCCUAGGGCUAACCAGCAGCAGCCCAGCAGAUCGGCAGCUCUUUCUUUCAACUCUAACAAUCGUAGUAUUGGAACAUCCAAUUCAUCAUUCAACAACAGUCGCAGUACUGCUACACCCAAUUCGGUAUUUCAACGUCCCAAUGCUUGCUUGUAUUGUAACAACUCAGCACAUUCUGUCUUCACUUGUUCUCAGCUGUCAAAUCUACAGCCACAAGCUCGUGUUGACGCAGUACGCAAAAAGCACUUGUGCUUCAAUUGUCUCCGCCCAUUUUCAACAGGACACCAAUGCUUUGGUGCAUGUAAGCAGUGUGGCAAGGCACAUCAUUCCAUUUUGCACGGUGCAUCAUUUCAAUUUACGUCAUCUGGCUCUAAGGCUACAGCAAAUGCUAACAGUGUUCAAUUAAGGAAUACUACAAUUUCCUCCAACAGCAGUCGUUCAGCACAUCUUCACAGCUGCAGUUGUGGUUCACAGCCGGCAGUCAACCUCCGCACGUCGCCGCUCGCUUCAUCAUCAGUUGUCGCAUCUACUUCUGAACAGUCAUUGAAUUCAACUGUAGAGUCAUCUGCUAGGUCGCCGAUUCCAGCCGCUGGUCAAGUAGUUAGUAAUUCCAGUCACACAUAUGAUGGCAACAAAAAUUCAACAGUAUCCAUCAUGCCUACUGCAGAGGUAGUAGUCUAUGAUAAGGUUGGUCAACCUAUUUUGUGUCGCACGUUGUUGGACACAGGUAGUGACACCUGUUUCAUUUCCAACAUCUUGCUUCACGGUUGUCUUUAGUUUCAACUUGUCAUAACAAUACUAUACAUACAGUUUCUGGCAUCAAUACAGCACCGAUGUAUUCCACAUCUGUGGAAGUGUUUUCUUCUGAUCGCACAUGGUCUAGAAAGGUCUCUUGCAUUAUUGCCGACAAAAUUACACCCAGUCUUCCACCAGUGGGAAUUGACAUGUCAAAACUCAGUUUGCCCACUCACAUUCAGCUUGCUGAUCCUGCUUUUCACCUUUCUCAGGGAAUCGAUCUUCUUUUGAGCGUUUCAGUCUAUGCUUCCAUAUUGACAUUCGGUCAAAUUCAAAUUUCAUCUGACUGCAUUUUGCAAGGCACCAAACUAGGUUGGGUGGUUUGGGGUGCUGUCUUGUCCACGCACUCAUCUCAGAUAGAACCUUCUGUUCAUUCCAACUUCAUUUCUACUUGUGAGAUUUCCAAUCAGAUGGAAAAAUUUUGGAAGCUUGAAGAAGUUCUUCCUAAGGACAAUCUAACAGCUGAGCACCGAAAGAUUGAACAGCAUUAUCUUGCCAAUGUCGAGCGUGCCUCAGACGGCAGAUUUUCUGUGGCUCUUCCCAAAAAAGAGUCAUUUCACACUCUAGGUCAAUCUCGUUUCCAAGCUCUUAACCGUUUCCAUUCACUGGAAAAAAGAUUGGCUGCUAAUCCUGAAUUGAAGGAGAUUUCAUCGAAUGUAAUCAUUUCACAGCCUAAAAUCUCGCUUGUCACUUGUUCAACAACUUCAUUGUUUUCAGAUUUAUCAUCAAAAAUUUCAUCAUAUCACAAAUUAGUUCGCAUUGCUGCUUACAUUCUUCGUUUCAUUCAUAAUUUGAAGCAUUGCCGUGAACCAGCAUCUCAGCAAUCUGUUGAACUGUCGGUUCAGGAAAUUCAAGCUGCUGAAUUGCGCAUCAUUCAAGACAUUCAAUCAGAUGUUUUUGCCGACGAUUUGAAAUCUUUGCGUCAGGGUAAGGAGCUGCCCUCCAAUAGUUCUAUCAAGUCACUCUCUCCAUUUAUUCAUACUGACAAUCUUCUGAGAGUAGGUGGUCGUCUUCGGGAGGCAGAUAUUCCAUUCGACUAUAAACAUCAAAUCUUAUUGCCAGCUAAACAUAGGUUCACGCGUGCGCUCAUUGUCUCAUUUCAUAGACGUCUUCAACAUGCUGGCGUUCAGGUCACUAUGGCCAGUAUUUGACAACGGUUUUGGAUACCAU